AUGUCACUCUCUACACUGCACCCGUCCUCCCCCUCUCCCCCCUCCGCCUUACACCUUUCUUCCCCCUUCCCUUCUCUGCCUUAUACCCCUUUCCCCCUCAUACCACUCUGCCUCACUCCCCUUAUCCCACCUUGUCCCUGCCUAUCACCAACCUUAUCCCCUUUCCCUCCCUGCCUCUCACCCUUCCUAUCUCCUUUCCCUCCCUGCCUUACCCCCUUCCUAUCUCCUUUCCCUCCCUGCCUCUCACCAACCCUAUCCCCUUUGCCUCCCUGCCUCUCACCCUUCUUAUCCCCUUUCCCUCCCUCCCUGCCUCUCACCAACCCUAUCCCCUUUCCCUCCCUGCCUCUCACCAACCCUAUCCCCUUUCCCUCCCUGCCUCCCACCCUUCUUAUCCCCUUUCCCUCCCUGCCUCUCAACCUUCCUAUCUCCUUUCCCUCCCUGCCUCUCACCAACCCUAUCCCCUUUGCCUCCCUGCCUCUCACCCUUCUUAUCCCCUUACCCUCCCUGCCUCUCACCCUUCUUAUCCCCUUUGCCUCCCUGCCUCUCACCCUUCCUAUCACCUUUCCCUCCCUCCCUGCCUCUCACCAACCCUAUCCCCUUUCCCUCCCUGCCUCCCACCCUUCUUAUCCCCUUUCCCUCCCUGCCUCUCAACCUUCCUAUCUCCUUUCCCUCCCUGCCUCUCACCAACCCUAUCCCCUUUGCCUCCUGCCUCUCACCCUUCUUAUCCCCUUUCCCUCCCUGCCUCUCACCCUUCUUAUCCCCUUACCCUCCCUGCUCCUCACCCUUCUUAUCCCCUUUGCCUCCCUGCCUCUCACCCUUCCUAUCUCCUUUCCCUCCCUGCCUCCCACCCUUCUUAUCCCCUUUCCCUCCCUGCCUCUCACCAACCCUAUCCCCUUUCCCUCCCUCCCCCACCUCCCCACAUCCUUUAUCACCCUUACCCCUAUCCCCUUACACAUUCUCACCCCCUUACACCCCUUGAUCCACCUGUCCCCUCACAACCUUACAUCCAUCUUCCCCCUUUCACUCGCUGCCUGGAACCCUUCUUCUCCCUUUCCUUUCGCCGCCCACACCAAUCUUCCCUGCAUCCCCUCUCUGCCAGGCACCCAUCUUCCACCCAUCCCCUCUCUGCCUUACCCCCCUUCUUCCUCAACCUACAUGCUCCCUUACGCAGCCCGCACUCCCUCUCUCCCUUCUUCUCCCUUUUCCCUCGCUGCCCACCCUUAUCUUCCCUGUAUCCCCUCUCUGGCCUACACACUCCCCUUACCCCUAUCCUCUCUCUGCCAUCCACACUUAUUCCCCCUAUCCCCUCUCGGCCUUACCCCCGAUCGCCCACCGUUCCACCCUCUCCGCCCUACAUCCCUCUCCCCCCUUUUCCUCCCUUUCUACACCCUUGCUCCGCCCAUUCCCGUUUCUGUCUUCCCCCCUUCUUCCCCCCGUUCCCUCGCUUCCUUACACCCUUUUUCCCCCAUGACUGCACUCCCUGCCAUACUCCCUGCUUUCCCACUUCCCUCACUUGUCUACACCCUUCUUCCCUCUCUCGCUCCCUGUGCCCUCUCACGCAGCUACCUCCAUGCUCCCCCCCUUGCCCUAUCACGCUACGCCGUCGACUGUCCCCUUGCGCCUAAAUCACUUUCUCACUAUGUCUACUCUCACCCUAAACCCUGUCCUUCUUCCCCUCGCCAGCACAGCGCCCUCCUCGUUGGCCCCUCUGCCCCUCUCUGCUCACAGCCUCCAAACCUCGACCCGGACCGCCGCCGCGCCACUCUUGGGAUGCAACUCCCGAACCAACUCCUCCCCCUCUUCGGCUCCCAGCCCUCUAUCCCUUCAAAGCCCUCUCUCCCCUCCUUGCCCUCCCUCGACCCCUUGCACUCCCCUCCCUCCCUUCCCUCUCUCCCCUCAGUAAUCUGUUGCCCCUGUCACACCCUCGUGUUGCACCCUGUCCUGGCCCCUCUCUGCCCUCGUCUGCACCCUCUCCCUUUUUUAGCAAUGUUGUCUCCCAACUGCCGCACACUGACCGGGCCCCAUGCUUUGUCGUUUUGCACUGCAUGA